UAAAAAUAACUUCAGCAACAAGAUUUUCAUUCUAACUUAAAGUCGGAACCAGCUACAUUUGAAGCUCUCAACAGCGGACAAUUGGAUUUAUCAAAAGGCAAACUAGAAUAAUCUAUAUAAAAUACACUCUAAUCAUGCCGGCUAUACACACAACAUACGAUUGUCAUUGUGGGAAACAGUUCAAACACGCCAAAAGUUUAACUAGACAUAAACGUGUGGAGCAUCAAUUCCAAUCAAACACACAUCAGUGUCACUGUGGGGAGAUAUUUAAACGAAAAGAUACAUUGAAACGACACGAACGACUCCAUGAAGCUCCAAGUUAUAAAUGCAGUCAAUGUAGUGAAGCAUUUUAUAGAAAGGAUAAACUAAUGGCUCACCAGAGAUGGCAUCCAGUACAGAUGGGAUAUGGCCCUGGUAGUUCUACACCAUCUGCUCCUGAUCAAACAACAGGUUUUACAGUUAAUACCCAGGAUUUAUCAAAUGAUCAAUCUAAACAAACAUCAUCAAUGAGUCAAGAGGAACAUGUACGAUCUCAAGGUCAACCAUCUUCAGAUACUGAUCCACAAUUGGCCAAUAUUGAACCCGAAGCAAUGUCAUCCACUGACUCUGAUGAGGGAGAUUGUGAUUUUGAAGAUGAGAAUGCAUUAAAUGGAUCUCUGAAAAAAGUAACAUUAAAGGCACAAGGAUUAUCAAAAUUUGAUCCAUUACGAUUAUUCAAAGAGAGAGAAGCAAAAGUGAAAGGUGUUCUUCUCAAACAAAUGAAAAAGAAAGGGGGUAUCAAAUGGUACUGUA